AAAAGUAAAGUAAACCAUCGAAGGGAUUAGCAUACAUUUUCAACCGCAUUCUCUUUUUACUCUCACCUUCCCAAAAGUAAUCGUCCACCUCGUUGAAGCGGUCUGCAGAGCACCAGAGAGUCUCUCAAAGCAACCACAAUGCAUCUCUCAGGAAUAGUCUUUGCGUUCAGUUCUCUCAUUUCCCUCUCCACAGCCCAUUUCAGGCUGGUUGACCCGCCACCCAGAGGUUUUUCGGAGGACAUGCUCACUAGGUUCCCUUGCGGCGGCCAAUCAAUGUCCAAGUCCCGUACCAGCGUUUCCUUAACCGAUCUCGAGAUGCCCAUCGCAUUGGAGAUGGGCCAUGAUCAGACAGCCGUGCAGGUAUUAUUGGCGCUGGGCAGCCAUCCGGGAUCGAACUUCAACAUCACCUUGGUGCCGACAUUUAGGCAAGUUGGGCUGGGAGAUUUUUGCUUGCCAUCUGUUAGCUUAGAUGAGCAGCGUCUGGGUGUGAAGCCGGUAGAUGGGAUGAAUGCCACGCUGCAGGUCGUGACAAACGGAGACCCGAAUGGUGGAUUGUAUAAUUGCGCCGAUAUCACGUUCUCUUCCACAACGGAGUAUACCGUUCCCAGCAGCUGCAAAAACGGCACCGGAGUUACGGCCACGCCAUUCUCGGGAGAAGCAGCAACACGUAAUGCAAACGAGUCCACACCGAACGGACAGCCGCAACGUGGCAACUCUGGAUCUGGACCAACAUCGAAUAUAGCUGGUCAUUUGGAGACAGCUACCUGGGGAGUUUUAGGCGCAAUUGUUGUAGGGGGUGUUGCGUUGCUAUAAGAGAGGCCAGCCGGUCCCUUCUGAGUUAUGGGUAAAAGCUCAUCCAAAUCAGUAGGUAGCAAGUGCUAUCUUGUUUUUAUAAACUGGAAAUCCAAAAGCUUUGGAGUUGGGUUGGACAGGUGAAGAUCUUUUCAGCACCAUUGGAUUCAGCAGCUGAAAUCCAAAUUUUCCAACUCUGAAACCACUGUACGGAGUAUAUCAAUAGCUCUGCCGGUAAUAUGGACAACAGGGGUUGCGCAAAUCAGUAUCUUCGACAAUUUUGA